AAGAAAUCUUCUGGUUUGUCUAUUGUAUAAAAGUAAUUUAUGCUCCCACUGAUGAUGCACGUGAUGGAUGCGAUGCACUCAGCACUCCCAUUGAACUCCCGUUGUUGUUCGUAUGUCGUAUGUUAUCCAUAAGUGAACCCUGAGAUCCACGAAGCAAAAUUUAUUUUUAUUUUGAACGAAAGAGCCACAAUACAAAUAUGGCGCAAGAUGAAAAUUCAUGGUGGAGUAGUUGGACGACUGGAAUACUGGAAAAUGUCAGAGAGAAGACAACGACGGCUCUUGAGUUUGUUCAAAGUGAUUUGUCCGAAUUCGUAAACACAAUUCAACAUGACACUUCUGUGGUCAUUGCUGACUCCGCUACGGCUGUUAAUAGGAGCAUCCAGGUGGACGAGACUGAGAAAAAUGCAACCAGUGGCAAAGUAAAACAAGGAUUCUCAGAUAUCUUGACUAGUAUUUCUACGAGUCUCCAUCAAGCAGCUGAUAAAACUUCAAAACCAACAUCGUCUGAAGAUGAGAAUAAAACUGACGACCAAAGAUCAACAUCAUCAACUAUGCCCGCUGUCUAUGAUAGAACACAGGCAAAACUUCAGGAAAUGCAAACGAACCCAGAAACCUAUUCCAACGAGCCUGAUAGCGAUGGUUACGAAACCUGGUGUGCCACAUUUAAUCUUGACUCCAAGAAAGGAGAAAUAUCUGAACUACUCGUAAACAAUCCUGAUGUUAGAAGACUGUAUACGAAAUUUGUUCCGAGUGUUCAAAGCCACUCAACGUUUUGGCAUCGUUAUUUUUAUAAGCUUCAUGAAAUAGAAACGGCGAACAAAAGAUUAGCGGAUAUUGUUGAGAGAGCAAGUCGAAAUGACAGUCAAGAUUUGGGUUGGGAUGAUGAAGAUGAUGAGGAGACAAACAGUAUCACAGCGACACCAAAAGACGAAGAAUUAACAUCAAUUGAUACGAAUGUUAUAACAGAUAAUCAUCCUCGGCACGAAGUGUUGCAGGAAGAGACGAAAUUACAACAGAACAAUAAACCACACUGCAUCAUUCGAUCAAAAAAUUCGUCAGCAGAUAAAAUCGACACGACCGAAGCUGCAGCAGACAAGAAUUGUGGUAAUCAGAAUAAGGAAGUAAAGAACAUUGUUCAUGACGCGAAAUCAACUUCUGCGCAUAAUAACCACGACGACACGCCGUCCAAGGAUUCAUCUUCAUGUUUAGAAACGAAAUCUGAAGGGGAUUCGUCCUCCAGAAAAAGCGAUUCUUCUGACAGCAGCUCAUGGAUUAAAGUUUUGGAUAAAGAAGGUACGUCAUCAAGUUCAAGUGUUGUUGUGGUGAAUGAUGGAAAAGAACUAGAUUCUGAUGAACAACUGGCAAAUGAGGUCGAUGAUGAUGAUGAUGAUGAUGAUUUUGAUUUUAAUGAAGAUGUUACAAAUGAAGACGUAGAGAAGCUGGUACAAUCAAUAACAGCGAAUGAAAUUGACUCUGAAGAUGAUGACUGGGAGGACUGGGAAUGAAAACAUCAUGAGCAAAUGACGUAUGCGUUACGACGUAGUUAUCAAUAGCACUCAAAACAAGUGAUGUUUUCAGUUAUAGAAUGUAUUAGAGACUGAUGUAGUAAAGGUGGUUUAUAAUAAGUGGUUAACUUAAUAAGAGUCGCGUACAAAAAGUGAAAAUGUGAAAAUAAUAUGAAUCUCGUUCAUGUAUUGUUUUUUAAAUAUUGAUACAUAUGUCACUUCAUCAACUGUAUAUAACUUCACUUACUAUUCCUUUUUAAUUUCAUAU